AUGUCUGGAGAUAAUGUUACGGUGGCAUCCAAUGUGCUCGGCACUAUCGGCACAGUCCUGUGGUGUAUCCAGUUAAUCCCGCAAAUAUGGUAUAAUUGGCGGCGCAAGACAACUGAUGGGUUUCCGGCAAUCAUGAUGCUUUUAUGGGCUACUUGCUCAGUUCCGAUGGGAGCUUAUUUGGUUCUGCAGAAAGUCAGCAUACCGCUGCAGAUCCAACCGCAGAUGUUCGGAUUCUUUUCUCUUGUUAACUGGGGUCAGAUAUUGUAUUACAAUCAGUCAGUCUUCUACCUUCUGUUUGAAACACUUGUCUUGUGGUUGACUUUCCGUUUAAAGGCAACGGUCGUCUGCUCUGGUUGUGUUUUGUUGUUUGGGGGGGUCGAAGCUCUUCUCAUUCUGACAUUGAGAAUACCCUAUGAAAGGGGAGUUACGUGGCCGGAUUUAGUGGUAGGCAUUGUGGCAGCCAUUCUUUUGGUUGCUGGAAUGUUGCCGCCAUACUUUGAACUAUGGAAGAGAGACGGGCGAGUGAUUGGCAUCAACUGGUUGUUCCUAUCGACUGACACGUUUGGCGGAUUGUUCUCGCUCUUUGCGUUAGCUGCACAGGGAAAGUUUGAUAUACUGGCUGGGAUACUGUAUAUCAUUGUCGUCGUUUUGGAGUCGGGCAUCUAUGCAAGCCACAUAAUAUGGCGCAUCCGCUACCGCGAACUUCGCAGGGAGGCCAAGAUGACCGGUAAAAGCAUCGAUGACCUGUUAAGCUUGCAACAAAGCCAUACCACAGUACGGGACCUCGAGUCGGGGGUACUCGAUGACUCGGGGGAGACCCUGCCUCAGGAACCCACCGAGCACCGGCCACAACCCACAUUGAAUGUGGAACGGGAAAAGACGAAUGAAAAAUGUUGA